GUGUAGCUAAGCAUGGAAACCCUUUGGACAGAGUCGUGUGGAGGACAGCUGUAUAUAUGACAAUACUUCGAUUUGCAGUUACCAUUUGGAGGUCAUGCUUCUGGUAUUUUCAGCACUCCCGAACCAACUUUUCCUUAACAUUUCAGCUUUGUGGGCAAAGUUCAGGUGAGAUGGAAGAUUUUCGAGGUAUAACAGAAGAGUCAUUUCCAAGCUUUUUAGCCAAUUCACUCCUUGGUAAUAGUGAGGUUUUGGAAAAUGUCACUCUUUCAUCAAAUUUUGGCUUGCCCAUUGCUGUUUCUACAGUUGCCAGGAACAGACCCAGCAUUGAAAACAGGUACCCUGAUGUCCAGGCAUCAUACUUAAUCGAAGGGAGAUUUUCAGUUCCUUCUGUGUCAUCUCCCAGUUGCCAGAAUGACAACACUGAACCAAGACAGAGAUUACAGCUCAGCUUUCAGGGUGAUGAUCCUGCGACAAGGAAAAAGAACAAUAUGGAAAGUCCACAGUUGUUACACUCUCUUGUGAAACCAAGAACAGAAGAGAACCAAGCUAACACUACAACAUCCGUUCAGGGUCAGAGCCUUUUGGAUGGAGUUUCUCCUCCGGAACAGGUACCAGACUCAGCUCUUGAUUUUCACUUAAAAUCGUGGAUGAAUAAACAAGAACACAAGAUUGUCAUGCCUGAUACUGGGAAGCAUCUUGAAGACAAGACUCCAAACAGUCAUUUCAGCCAUGUCAGCUUAUUAGAAAAUGAGAAACUCUUAACACUGACGAACUUGGAAGAUUCCUCUGAUGAUGAUAUUAAUGAUGAAGAAUUUUAUGAUGAUCAUUUAGAAGCAUAUUUUGAACAGCUGGCCAUCCCAGGGAUGAUAUAUGAAGCAGGAGGACAGGAAUCACCAGAAAGUGUCUUUAAGUUACCUGCAAUUGAAAGCAAUAUCUUAAGCUGUGAGUUGCAAUCAGAAAAUAAUAGCUGUCUGAUUUCCCAUGAUGCAUGUACUUCAGGAUGUUCUCCAACUGCUCACAGAGAGUCUGAGGAGGCUGCUCUGCUGGGGAUCAGUAGCUGUGUAGAUCAUAUAAAGCAGGUAGAUAAUGAGUUAUCAUUUGACUCUCAUACCUGGAGAACUGACAAGGAAGGGGCACACAAUUUGAAGGAUAUUGUUCCAAAGCAAAGCAAAGAGUGUGCUGGAGAGGAUGUUGUGGUGAAGAAGCUGCGGGCUGUGGAUGAGACACUCGGCCCGACUCACAGUCACAACACUAGUGAUGCAAAAGGCGCCUUGGGCCCAGCUGAACCCAAGACACAGAAUUCUCACCAAAACAAGCAUUUGGCUUCAGAUUUACAACCAGUCUUGAAUAUGGGUAGAUCUUUAAACACAGAAACUUCUACAGUAUGUAGUCAAAAAGAUGGGAACAUUGCUUCUUUGAAGACCAGUGGUGACAAUGGAAUUAACUCCCCUGAUCUUUGGUCACCAACUUGUGAAAGGAGAGCAUGUGAAUUUUAUGAGUCAGUUGCAAAGACUAAUGACGGAGCAGAUCUCUCACAGAAUGUAGUCUACCAGAAUGAGGACGGCAGGUGGGUCACUGACCUCGCCUACUUCACAUCUUUUAUUGAUCAGCAAGACUCACAGAUGUCUCUAAAUAAUGAGAUGAAUGAAGACUUCAGAUCUGGUUCUGAAGCAUUGGAUUUAAUUGCAAAAGAUGAAGAAGAAUUCAACAAAGAACAUCCAUUUAUACAGGAUGAAAAAAUAGAUGCUCAGAACACUUCGGUUACACUUGGGGAUACAUCCUGGGUAGCUACAAUUAAUUACCAUUUGUUGAGAAAAUCACUUGGGACAUCAGAUUUCGAUAAAAAUGAUGGCAGUUACAUGCGCCUUUCAUUAGGAGAGUUCUUUGCACAAAGAUCUGAAGCUCUUGGUUGCCUUGGUGGUGGUAACAAUGUGAAAAGGCCAUCAUUUGGUUAUUUUAUUAGAUCUCCCGAGGAGAGAGAGCCUUUUGCAUUAAUCAAAUCUGAUGUCUCAAGAAGUAACUUGGAAAAAGAAGUGACUCAUCUUCACCGUGGUUUACUUCCAGGAGAUUUGAAUGAACAGUCUCAGGCACAGCUAAGUGAAGGAUCGCUUACACUUCAGGCUGAAGAACUGCAGAGAACUUCACAGGUGGAUGAAAGCGAUAUGACACUAACUGUCAGCAGAAGCAAGACAGAGGAUACUUUUUGCAGUAAUAACAAACCUCAAGAACAUAAAAACACGCUCUCUGGUGGUGGAGAUUCUCUGCUUAGAAUCAGCACCAUUGCUUCAGCCAUUGCCGACGUGUCAGUGAGCACUGACCCUGCCCAGCUUGUUGCCAUGAUGAAGGCUCUCGCAAAUAAAGGAAGAGGCAAGACUUCUCAGGACAGCGAUACACCAGAGCCCUGUUCCACCACGGCUAAUUUCUUUCUUAAUGAUUUAGAAAAAAGUAACAGAUCCAAUGCAUUUGAUAUGGAGAAAUACCUUGCAAAAUCAGACGUUAGUAGCUGCGAAGGUGCACAGGAGCCCUUUUCAAGAGCAGGCACAUCUGACAUUUGGGAUUUAUGUUUGCCCAGACAAGAGACUAUUCAAGGCAUCAGUAUGGUAAGUGAGUGUGCUACUAAUACAAGGGAACCAGAAGAAGACACAGCAGCUGUUUUCUAUGGUGAAAAUAGAGAGAGCGAUACUCAAGAAUCACUCAGAACCAUAACCUCUUCAAACUCAGUUCUUACAAACCUAAGGGAGAACAGAAGCCCAGCCACGGGGAAGAUGACACACUCCAUUGACGGAUUACCAGAUAUGCAUAACAGUGAGAGCGCUGCCUCAGUUUCCAUUCCAACACCCGGUAGUUACUCAUCAAUAAGGAACCGCAGAGUACCUUUAGAAAAAUGUGAAGAAACACAAGAUAAUAAAACACACCAGAGGAAAGCAAACUGUGCCAGUGAGACAAGCAGCAGUGACAAGCACGUUACUUUUGAAGAAAAUUCUGUAGCCUUAUUUAGAAGGGUUGAUUUGAAAACUGCCUCUCCUGCGAGUGGUGGAUCUGGCUUUGAAGACCAGGCGAGCUUCAGACCGUCUAUAUCACCACUCAGUCAUUCUCCUACUGACACUUCUGGAAGCUUAUCAGGAUGUGCUCUGGAGUCUCUUGAGUCGGCUCAUCACCAGAAGCCCCACUCAGAGAGUGAGCUGUUUCAGUUGACUUGUUCCCAUGCUGAUAUGAGCAGGCUGACUUAUGUGUCUGAACAAGAAAACACCUUUCCUGUCAGAGCUGCUGAUGAAAGCUCAGAGGGACGUAAGAGUGAUCUCACCAGUGAGUUGAGCACCACAAUUGUUCGAGCCAGUCCAACCCCAUCAGAGGAACAAACUGUAGAGGAACUAAGAGACAAAGUUCCAGGUCAGAAUGCAGAAAAGGUAUUGUUGCCAUGUAUUAGCCAGAGUGAAUCUGGUUUAGGAAACAUAACAGAAACUCCUUCUCUGAGGAGCAGCUUUGAAGAUGGAGAACCUAAUGUUACGUCAAGUCAAGAUAUUUCUUCCACAAGUCAGGAACCCUUGGGAGCCAGUAAGGUGGAUUCAAAAUCUGGCCCUAGUGAGCAGAACCUGAUUGGUCAAGCUCUCCUGAACAAGCCAGGUCUGAGCUGCUGGGCUGGGCCAGCCAUAUCAAACCUCCCUGUAUUAAGCCAGAAGGCUGUGGACCAAGGUCAAAGACUAACAUCUACGGGCCUGUCAACUGCCAGCAGUGACUCUAGCAGCCAGAUUCCUAGUCUGGGCACCUCUGGAAACCAGCAGAAUCUUGCACCUCACAUUUCAGCUCAUGCUUCUGUUGCUAAGGUGCAGACGCGGCCUGCUGUUUGUCCUGAGCUCUGGACUGGACAUUGUCUGUACACAGCUCCUGUGGCCCCACAGUAUCUGGGGUCAGUGUCUUCAUCUGGGCAUGCCGCCUUGCCUCAGUGCCAUGCAGGCAGGCAGGCCUCUGGGACUGCAGGGUGUUCUCCUUAUCCUCCUGUUGCACCACAACAUGUGGCUUCUGGGAUGUGCUUUGGACCAAACCUUGCCGCUGAGUUGAUGGCUCCCUCUUCUAUUUAUAACCUAUGUUCUACUGCUGUACACCAGAACCUGCUGAAUACAGCAAAGCCGUUUCCUGUGCAGUCUGUUGGUACAAACUAUGAGACUGAACCCUGGGACUCUGGGAUGAUGUCUGGAUUUGGGAAUGCCCGAGUACCCGAGGAACUGAGGUUUCCUCAUGCUUGCUGUGUAGGUAUUGCUUCACAGACCCUCCUUAGUGUCCUCAACCCGACUGACCACUGGCUACAAGUCAGCGUCAGAGUUCUCAAUAUUUGCAUGAAUGGUGAGAAGGUGGACCUUUUAACACAAACAUGUUUAGUGUUCAAGAAUAAGGUUUUUGUAAGACCUCGUGCCACGGAAGAGAUAAAAAUUCUUUUUAUACCUACAAGUUCUGGGAUUUUCAGAUGUACAUUCAGUGUUGCUUCUUGGCCAUUUUCAGCAGAUGCUGAAACAAUAGUGCAAGCAGAAGCUUUAGGAAGCAGAGUCACUCUAACUGCUAUUGCUGAAACCCCUGUUAUUGAGGUGGAAACAGAAAAGAAAGGAGUGCUGGAUUUUGGUGACUUGACCUAUGAAGGCUGGAAAGCUCUCCCACUCAAGUUAAUAAAUAGGACACAUGCUCCUGUGCCAGUCAGACUGAUUAUUAAUGCUAACGCCUUAGCCUGGCGCUGCUUCACGUUUUCCAAAGAGCCCAUCCAUGCAUCUCUGAAAGCAGCUCCUUAUGCCGAUGUGAUUGCUCAGCUAGUGGCCCCAUCUGUAGUCAGUCAUGUGAUGCCUGCCAGUUAUGAUGGAAAGGAUCCAGAAUUUCUGAUAGUUUGGGUUAUUUUCCAUAGCCCAAAGAAACUCCUCACUUCAGAAAUUCUAGGCUCAGCAGAAGAAUUCCUGGCCAGAGUGGAUAUAGAAGUUGACAGCCCAAACCCUAUACCAGUUCUUAGAAGCUUGGACCUCCGAGCAAGAGCAGGAAUAGCUAGGAUUCAUGCCCCCAGGGACCUACAGACUGUCUAUUUGUUGGCCGAUGUAAAUUCCUCAACAAAGCAGCCCUUGCCUUUGAAAAAUGCUGGGAAUAUUGAAGUUUAUCUAGAUAUCAAGGUCGCAGAACAAGGAAGUCAGUUUUCAGUGGAUCCAGAGAGUCUGUUUCUUAAACCCGGAGAAGAACAUGAAGUUAUAGUUUCAUUUACACCAAAGGAUCCUAAAGCAUGUGAGGAAAGGAUCCUGAAAAUAUUUGUGCAGCCAUUAGGACCUCAGUAUGAAGUAGUGUUAAAAGGUGAAGUCAUUUCUUCUGGGAAUAAACCUCUGCCACCUGGACCUCACUGCUCAGAUACUCCACUGAUUCUGUCCAAUAAGCAAUUUCUGACGUGGGGAGGCAUCCCUCUCGGCAGGACACAGCUUCAGAAACUAGCUUUAAGAAACAGUUCUACCACUACAGCCCAAAACUUGCGACUACUUAUCAGAGGACAGGAUCAGGAUUGCUUUCAGAUUCAGAACACUUUUGGCUCAGAAGAGCGAUUGACCAGUAACUGUGAGAUCAGAAUUGGCCCAGGAGAAGACUAUGUAAUCUCUGUGUUAUUUGCACCUACUCGGUUAUCUUGUAUGUUGGCUAAACUAGAAAUCAAACAACUUGGAAAUCGUUCACAGCCAGGCAUUAAGUUUAUGAUUCCUUUGUCUGGAUAUGGAGGAACAAGUAAUCUUAUUUUAGAAGAUGUUAAAAAAUUAUCUGACAGUUACUUGGUAACAGUGAAUGACUUAAUUCCCGGCAAAGAAAGUAAAGUUAUUUUUUCUGUUCGCAACACUGGUUCUAGAGCGGCCUUUGUUAGAGCAGUAUGUUUUAAAGAUUCUCAAAGAAAAGUUUUGCUGGAUCCUAAAGUAUUGAGGAUUUUUCCAGAUAAAUUUAUACUUAAGGAGAGGACCCAAAAAGAUGUUACUUUAAUAUACAAUCCAUCAAACAGAAAGAGUGACAAUAAACCUGCAACAGAACUAUUCACUGUAUACUUCUUUGGUGGUGAUGAAAUCUUCAGACAGCAAUAUCGAAGAGCCCUGUUGCAUAACCCAGGAGUCAUAAAGCAGAUACUUCCAGAACAUAGUGUGCUACAAAACAUUGACUUUGCUGAAGCAUUUCAGAAUGAGCUACCUAUAGAUGAAGCGUGUGAUCUUCCUCAGUGGCCUAACGACAUUCAGCUCUUUUAUGGAAGCAUGCGUAAAAUUACCCUGUCAGUAAUUGGACAGUUCAGAGAUUCCGUUUGUAGCAGAGAAUUUCUUCAGUCGUCUUCUUCCAGUGCUGAAUCUAAAAGUCAUUUCCCCAGUGAAUUUGGAACUUCUGAAAAACAAAGUGGGAAUGUGUCUUUGGAUGUUUUACCAGUCAAAGGCCCUCAAGGUCCUCCUUUUCUUUCACAAACUGCCCACCCAGCUCAGGACACACCAACCUCUGAAGAACAGUGGACUGUCCAUCCGGAACACUUGAUUCUGGUAGCUACUUCUUCUUGUGACUUGGCAAAAACUGGACGUUUCCAGAUCAUAAACAACUCUGUUAGGUUACUGAAAUUUGAGCUUUACUGGCCAGCACAUUGUCUAACAGUCACACCACAACAUGGAUUUAUCACACCAGAGAGUAAAAUACAAAUUCUUGUGAGUCCUAAUUCUUCCCUGUCCACAAAACAAUCAAUGUUCCCAUGGACUGGUCUGAUCUAUAUACACUGUGAUAAUGGACAAAAGAAAAUUGUAAAAGUUCAAAUUCGAGAAGAUUUGACUCAAGAGCUUUUACCUCAUUUGGCCUCCAGCACAUUUGGAAUUCUUGCCCCAGCUUCUGAGCCUUCCAUUAGUCAUUUGAUAAAACCAAUAACAAAACCACCUUCCACAAAAGUUGAAAUUAGAAGCAAGACAGUGAUUUUUCCUCCAACAGAACCUGGUAAAACCUCAGAGAACUACCUGCAACUGGAAAAUUGUGGCCCCACAGAUGUAAAGUGGCACCUGUCAUCUUUUGCUCCCCCAUAUGUCAAGGGAGUUGAUGAAACUGGAGAUGUUUUUAGAGCUACCUAUACAGCGUUCAGAUGCUCUCCCAUUUCUGGCACAUUGGAAGGUCAUGGAAUCCAAAAGAUCUCCAUCAUGUUUCUUCCCAGAGACAGAGGAGAUUAUGCCCAGUUUUGGGACGUUGAGUGCCACCCUGCUAAAGAACCUCACAAGAACCACACAUUGAGAUUCCAGCUCUCUGGCCAGAGCAUCAGAGCAGAACAUGAUCCUGAAGACUCGUGCUCCUCCAGAGAUACCCUCAUUAAAGUAGACACUGCAGUCGAAUCCCGGAGGCGUACUGUAUCUGAUACCUUGACUCACAUACCUGGGCAGCUUGACUUGAGUCAUCGUGGAGUGUAUGCCCCAAAGGAUGUCUACAUGUUCCUGCCAACCAAACUUGGGGAAUCCAGGACACUGAAAGUCAAUUUGCGAAAUAAUUCAUUUUUUACUCAUGCAUUAAAGUUUUUGAGCCCCAGAGAGCCUUUCUUCAUCAAACAUUCCAAAUAUUCCUUGAGAGCCCGACAUUACAUCCACAUCCCUGUGCACUUCAGACCACAGGCAGUGGGAAGAUUUGAAGCUUUACUCGUGAUCCAGACAGAUGAGGGCAAGAGUAUUGCUGUCCGACUGAUUGGAGAAGCCCUUGGAAAAAGUUAACUAGAAUACAUUUUGCGUGAAUGACCUGUUAUAUUUUGGAAAUCUCAUUUUUCUACACCAAAAUUAUGUUAUUGUAUAUAUUUGUAUGAUAAAUUCAAUGUGUAUAAAUUAUAGAUUUGUUUUUAAAGAAUUCAAUCUUGAAGCCCUGACUAAAUAUCAUGUAUCUAGUUCACAGUAGUGACAUUUACAGGGAAAAAGGUUCUAUUUUUGCACUGAUUAUGACAUUCUGAAUAAAUAUUGCAUAUGUUUUAAUGUGUUGUAUUCAGAAAUAAACUUGAUAUUUUUUACUGAACUUGUCUUUUUAUGUGAUGUCACAGUAUAAAAAUUAGAAUAUUGCUUUAUCCUGCUAAUUGCUCCCAAGCUUCAGAGUCUGUUCUGAUUUGUCCUCUAUUUUCCUUUCCCCUAAGAAAUUUCUUCUGUCUAUUAUCUGGCUGCUGA